AUGGAAGAAAAAAGAGUGCGACCCUUUGCCUGGGGGUCGCCAAGGUACGCGAGAGCAUGCGGGCCACUAGCCGAACGCGAGGGGCUACAUGACCACCUAGCCACCCCCAACAUCCAUCGUCCCCACCAGAGUGCUUGGUGUCGGCUGGGUCUUCUCGGACUCAGGGGCAUGCGUUGCAUGCAUUGGACGGAAUUAAUAAACGCAAACGAAUUGCGGGCGUAUUUUGGGGCAAAAGAGGAAGAAACUGUAAGUUUGGCGUAUCGGGCUCGGUUGCAUCGCUUUUUUGCUGUGCUGGGGCCAUCUGUUUGUGUAACGGAGCAAAACCUGGCAGACCGAGUUCGGUACAUCCUGCGCUCAAACAUAGUUGGUGACACCGACUCGGACAACUACGACGUGAGGCUGAUCCCUCUUCGGAUAAGACUGCUACGGCUGAGAGUGUGGCGCCACUAA